UUGGAGGAAGGGGGGGAGGGAGAAGUGACGCGUGCGCCACGGGCUCACACGUGUGCGUCUUCACGCACGCCGCUGAUGCGUAAAGCCGGAUUGGCCGUUUAGCGCACCAGCCCCCUUGCGCGCAUUCUGAUUGGCUGGCCGGGCCCGUCUUUGGGCAUGACGUUAUGCCGACACCACGCACACAAUGCACAGACACAGAGAGGCGGGCAGGAGAGAGGGACGACGUAAUGGUUGGACUCUGCGCGUGUGUGCGUGCGCGCGCACUUGCGAUGAUCGUGGCUCCUGCAUUAGUCUGCACGUUCCUCACACGGGAGGCGCAAUGAAGGCGGGGGCCUCGUCCAUGUGGGCGUCAUGCUGCGGGCUGCUGAACGAGGUGAUGGGCACGGGCACGGUGCGGGCGCAGCAGCCCGGCUUCGGCGCCGGGGCCGGGCCUUUCCGCUUCGCCCCUAGCGCGGGGUACUCCACGUACCCUCCCGCCGGCUCGGGGAGCGCUGGGCAACUGUGCAAGGCCUGCGGACUGGCGUUCUCAGUCUUCAGACGCAAGCACGUGUGCUGCGACUGCAAGAAGAGCUUCUGCGCGCUAUGCUCGGUGCUGCAGGAAAACCUACGCUGCUGCGCCACCUGCCACCUGUUGCGGGGCACCGCCUUCCAGAGGCCGCGCCUCAUGCAGCUGCGCGUCAAGGACCUGCGGCAGUACCUGCUGCUGCGCAACAUCCCCACCGACACUUGCAGGGAGAAGGAAGACCUGGUGGACCUGGUGCUGUCCCACCGGGGCACCAGAGAGGCCCCCCGACCCGUCGUGCUGGUGGAGGAGGAGGAAGAGGAGGGGGACGGAGACACGGCCGAGGAACAGGCGGAGGAAGACGACGAAGACGAUACAGACAGUCUCCGCUCGCGCGCCGCCUCGCCGCCCUCCACCGCCGGCUCUGCUUCCGACCAGUCGCUCGGAUCCGCCUCUCACGGAGUCGUGCUCAGCCCGAGUGAUAGCUCAGGGACCCCAAGCCAGUUUUCCCCUCAGGAGCAGGAGGACACGCCCACCGCCUCGCUCCUCGAUCUGGCGCACACGGAAAGCGCGACGGCGGCGAGCCCGGCGACGCAGAGGAGGAUCCGCGCCUCGCUGUCGGACUUGGACGACGAGGGAGCCAUCGAGAGGCUGUCGGUGCGCCAGCUCAAGGAAAUCCUCGCCAGGAACUUCGUCAACUACUCGGGCUGCUGCGAGAAGUGGGAGCUGCUGGAGCGCGUGCAUCGCCUCUACAGAGAAAACGAGCACAACAGGAAGUCUCUGGAAAAUGUGAGCAUUACUGCAGUGGUUGCAUAUCCUCCACCUCUGUGCAACAGUGCCGUUGGAGACGGCGGGAAAGCCCAGUUGGCCUCGGACGAGAACCUGUGCCGCAUCUGCAUGGACGCCAUCAUCGACUGCGUUCUCCUGGAGUGCGGUCACAUGGUGACCUGCACCAAAUGCGGAAAAAGGAUGAACGAGUGCCCCAUCUGCAGGCAGUACGUGGUGCGGGCCGUGCACGUCUUCAAGUCCUAAAAAAUACAAGUACAAAAAAACUGGUCGCCAGAGACCCUUGAAAAUGGCGCGAGUGGCUUGGAGCGGCAGUUUUCGUGGGACACGGCAGGGGUUCGAGUCGCCGCGGUUUACACGACCGCUGUUGGUCGACCUCAACACGUGCAAUACCGUUAAAAAAAAAAAAAAAAAUGUUUUCUUACUGUGGAAAAUGUCUAUUGGUUCUAGUUUAACAGCACAUCUUAUGUUAGCAGAAGAUGCCAAAUAACAUGCCUGUACUCUCAUACCUUUAACUUUGCAUAGCCAGCAAGCUUGGAAUGACGGUUCGUAUUCAAACCAUAGAAAGCAGUACAAUAAGGGUGUUUUGUUUUAUAUAUAUAAUAUAUAUAUAUAUAUAGGGUGUAAUGAUUCGUUUUGGCAGCCAUUCGAUCAUAUCACAAUUUGUUUUGCCGAUUCAUCCAAGGACGAUAUGAUACGAUACGAUCUGAAGCAAUUCAGUGUUUGGAAAUCGAUUCAGUCACUUUUUUUUUUGGUUUUUUUUUUAGCCAAAAUUUUAACCAUAGUGACUGUGAAAUAAACACCUGGAUGUCAGACAGGUCAUGUGAAAUUUCCUAAAUUGCUUUUGUUUCUUGUAAAGUUAUCAGUUAAAAUGAAUUAUGGAUAGAAUAAAUGAACAAGCAUGAAUGGCAAAUGUAUUUGCAGUUUUGCUGAAGCAUAUCCGUGAUGGAAUUUCGUGUUCGCCAACCUUUUAGCUCGUAGACGACCGCGGUCAACAAAUCGUUUGCUUGCAUGUCCGUCAUGUUCUCGCCUCGAUUGUUUUUGACGACUGCAAAACCAAAACAUGUCUAUAUUUCAGAUUUAAGCUUCGCUGGACCUUCCACGAGUUAAGUUUUGCACCUGCUCUUUGCGCCGCCAUAUUUCCUGCACUGCGCAUUCUACAAGGGAUCUUGGGAGAUAUAGUUUGCUUCGCAGAACCGCCCCACUCAAUAGCGCCAGAAGAAAACUACAGAUUGAAACUCCCAUGAUCCCCUGCGACGUCACAGACAGGAAAACAUAACAGAGUGAAACAAUUGGAUCGGAAGAGUAUAAAUCGAUACCGGUACAUCGAUAUAACCGAUGAAUCGUUACACCCUUAGUGUAUGUAUAUACACACACAUUUUUUUAAAUUUUACCUUGUACGUUCAAUUCUCAUCAAAUUGUAUCAGACAUGUGGUUAUCAGAGCGGUUACCCACAGCAUACAUCCACAUAAUUUCUUCUUUUUAAUUUAGUUUGGAGUAGUAUAGCUUGUAACCCCGAUUCUAAACUUCCGCUAAGGUCCGAGAAGGACGGAAAGCGAAACCUGCCGAGCAAUAUCAGUUUUUAUGCCACCGAUGUGAUCGAGAACAGCUGCUGCCUCCUCCUCGAUCGUAUCGUUUUUUUGUCACCCCGAGAGAGGUAAUCGUCUGAUUCACUUCGAUCUGUUAUGCAAAGCAAGCCAGACACUUGUUUUCUGCUCAUCCAUCAUACAAAAAAAAAAAAAUGUGUGUGCGGGAUAUUACGCUGUUAAUGUAAAUGUGUUGCAUAGAGAUAGCCUCUAUUGUUGUUAUUAUUAUGAAUUAAACAUAUAUUUUUACAUGGACUAGCAGCGAGGCUCUGAGAUUUAUGAACAGAAUGUAUUUAUGAGUUUAGUCAAGACUUUAAAAUAUAUCUUAAUGUGUCGAUUUGUAUUUUAAAAAAAAUAAUAAUUCUGUCACACAUUCCCAAUUCACGUACAUUAUUUUUUUUCAUUAUUGAUUUAAUGUGGCUGUUUGUCAUUGGAAGAUGUCACUCACGGGCAGCUACAAUCUUCUGGCGGGCACUCAUAACCCUGGAUCUUUAUAUUCUGGAAUGUUGGACCUUUUUAUUUUGGUAAACAAAACAAAAAAAUAUUAGAUUCAAUAAAAUUCAGUCAAAUCUG